UCACCCUUUUCCUGCGCACCCCGGCUGGAGGCGCUCUCCGCGUCCCUGGGGCCCCCGCCGGAGGACAGGACGGGAGGCGGGGCCGGGGCGGGCGGGCUACACGACCGCGGCCAUCCACCCCAGGGUGGCGGGAAGAGACGAGCAUGGAGCCCGAGGACGUGCCCAGAGCAGCAGCAUGCUUUUACCCCGUGGAUAUUUUGGAAGAUAACCCCGAGGUUGCUCAGGAAUCAGCUGUGGCCUACUAUUCUACAUUUGGGGAACAGGCUGGUACUUCUCCGGAAUAUUAUACUCUUCCUACUGGUGAAAAGGUUAAACUUGAAGAUGACUCUGUUUGCUUCCUUCCUAUGUACCGUGACGAACCUAAACAUAAAAUAUUGGUUUUGGUUAAUCCCCAGGACAGAAAGACAGUCUUGGCCGUUUACUUGAACAAAUCUUGGUGGUCCAUAGAAGAGAUCUUGAAAACAUCUGAUUCUUCCAGAGAAGGUCUAAUACAGGUCCAGUCUUUUGGGGAAAGGAUUGUGCUUUUUGUUCUUAACUACAUUAUUUUUGGAAGAUUGGAGAGAAAUUUGGAUGACGACAUGUUUUUUUUACCUCAUUCUGCUAAGGAGCACGCAAAAAUUCUGUGGAGGAAUGGAGCUGCCGUUGCUUUUUAUACCAUCAAGAUGAAAGGUAGCCUGUGCGGCAGGAGCACCAGUGAGUGCUACAUGCUGCCUGUGUUGGACACCGCAUUUGUCAGGAGAAAACACCGUAGAGAAGGUCUUGGGAUGAAAAUGCUGCAUGACUUUUGUCAGACUUUUGAGACUGAAGAUGCCUUAGGGAUCAGCUGCCCUAUUUCUACCCCUAUGUUUCAAGUUUGUCGAAAAUUCUUACUGACCUAUCCAGAGGAGCAGGAGAGGCUGUGGGAGGUGGAGGCUCCAGGAGACUGGGGUCAGAGGGUGAACAUUUGGCUAAAGAUUCAACUUGAACCAAGCCUUUCCUAUAGGAAAGUGACUCGGGCAACUUCCAAAGAGGCAGAGCACUGCUACAGAGAGAGUUCAGAUGAUGAACCCAGACCAUCAGAUAAUGGAGAAAUGAAUAAGGAUAGUCAUAGUACAGAAGCAACCGCAAAAAUAAAGGAUGAUAAAGAUUAUAAAAUGAUAGAAGAUGAAUUCACUCCACAGUCUCCUGGUAAAGAAAGCUUGAAUCAAGAGACCCAUGACAUUCAGUGGAAUGCCAAGAGAAGAUCAGACAGAACAGAUAUAGUUGAGAAUAAGCCUGCUAAACAGGUCAGGCCCAGUUUUUGACUUCCUUAUUCUUGAUGGGAAGUACCCUACCCUGGACUGGAAGUUGGAGACCUGGAUUCCAGUCCCAGCAUCGUCACUAGGUUAUAGUGUGACUAUAAACGAGUCACUUAAUUUUUCUGUGUCAGUUUUCUUAUUUAUAAAAUUUGUCCUACCUACCUCACAAAACUGUUUUGGGGAUCAAAUGAAUAACAUGUGAAAGUGCUUUAAAAAUUAUAAAGCAAUUUGUACCAAUGCAGGGAAUAAUACAGAAAGUUUAUUAUUCCAUUUAUCAAGAUGCUGUUACUAUUUUCUUCAGAUCUUUAAGUUUCUUCAUCUUAGGAUGUUUU